AUGUGCCAAAUUCAAUGCUACCCCUCCGGCCUACCUGGGUCUGGGGUUGGUAAAGGGGGUGGGGGUGGGGGUGGUGGAGCUGUGAGGGAGUCUGGAGGCGGCCUUGGACAAUUUGGGGCAGCGCAAGAAGAGGGAUACUUCUUCAAAAAGCAACUCGAGCAACUGAAGAAGAUAAAAAAGAAGUUGGACUCAGGCGAAUCGCUGAAAAUAUCGCAGAAGGAGAAGGACGACAAAAUGCAGGAAAAUGAUUCGGAAACGAACGGAGUUUCCAGCUUCGCUAUAAAGGAUUGCGGGUUUCCACAGCCAGGAUCCGGAGUUGGUAAAGGUGGUGGUGGCGGGGGAUCGAUAAGAGAGUCUGGUGGCAGCCUCGGCGAGUACGGCACGUCGCAGGAAGAUGGCUACUUCUACAAAAAGCAACGGGAGCAGCUGGAGAAGAUCAAGGGAAAGAAAACGAAAGAGAAAGGUACAACGGACCCCGCCGAAUCGUCGAACAAGUUGAAAGAGAAAGACGACAAG